UAUCGGUCCAGCAGUCAGUCGUUGUCUGUUCGGUCACUCGUUGUGUCUUCGUGACCGUUCACUCGUGUCGCGGUCUCGUCCGUUUAGUUAUCGACGUGUUUCGUAAUAAAUAAUAAUUUCAUAUUUUUGUAUUAUAAUAAGUAUCCCAUACCGCCCCUACAGGAUCGCAACGUUUAAUCAUUGAAUCUGUACAUUUUCCAUAACUAACAGUCGUAAAAAAAAAAAUCGUGAUAAUAUCGUGUUCGGUUCGUCUUUCGGUUGUUGGACGCAGUGAAAUCGGAUUUUUGAAAAGUUUUUUCUUCGACGACCCGUGAUCACUUGCGAAAAUCAUGACCGUUUCUUGUGGGUUGCUGGCUCGUGCAGCCGUCGCUCUAUCUCCGGUUCUGUUGCUUCUGCUGUUGUUCCACGGAACGACCGCGGCGGCGGUACAAGACUUGGUGUUUGCCGACGAAGACUUGAUGAAAGCUUCUCCUCUAACGGUUGCACAAUGCCGCGCCGGAUGUUUGCACAAGUUGUUGCCCAGAGACAUCGAAGCCACGGAAUGUGAAAAUAAAUCGGACUGCUGGAAGUGUUGGAAAUAUUGUGAAGUACUGCAGACUGAAGGCAAGAACUUGAAGAACAUUUGUGAACACAACUGUGACGUAGGUUGCCAGGAAGCCUGUUCGUUCCACGACUGGCACGGUGGGUCACAACCCAGUCCUGUGGUAGAGGCCCGAGGCGAACGGGCACUGACCAUCGAGUCGGGCACGCUACGUUGGCCGCGGCCAGCCGACUUGCUCUCGCCAUCCGCGCAACGUCUCGUAUACGUAAUCAUGCGACGCCGAGACCCGGGAACCAGGCGCUCGUGGUCUCAAUUGGGCCAGACGUCCGGCUACAAGGCGCGCCUGCCCAAAACAACGGCACCAUGGACAGUCCGUGUGCUCGCAGUCUCAGCAGAGGGUCUGGUGACCAUCUUCAGCCCAGCGCCGGUCACCGCCACGUCCGGCCAACGGGUUCCGCUUGAAUCCGUUGCCGCUAGAGGUGCAGCCGCCGCUGCCUCGUCGUUGGAAGAGCUCGCAGCUACACAGCCACCCGCACUAUCAUCUUCGACGGCUACGGCCGUUUUACAUGAUCUCCGCGACGCCGAUAUUAUCAUCAGGAGUCUCGGUCGCGACCAGAUACUCGGCAUUCGGUUACCGUUGGCCGCCAAGUCAGCGCCCCAAGAAGAGUCUCUCCGCCUCAUGGGUGAUGAUAGUCCAUCAGAUUCAUCGGAAGUAUGGAACCUGCGUGAAGUUUCGAUGAUCCAUCAGAAAGUGUUGGUGAUCGCUGAGGUGGCGUGGGACGCCCGCCAAGUCCAUCGUCCUGCCUACUUGGUCACGUGGGAAAUCGAUGGUGGCGGCCUGAAGGGCAACUUGUUCACAGACACCACGUGCGUCACACUGUCCCUGUGGCCGGAUACCGCAUAUCUUAUACAGGUGUCUCUGCUAGGCGGAGCCGACGAGUCCGUGAAAAUGUCUACCAGCCCGACGCUACUGUUGGACACCAGGAGCGCUGUGCACUCGACUGCCGCCGCGGCGAAAGUCACGACGGCGGCGGCGGCGGCUGCCGAGGUGGCCGCUUCAGACCGUUGGAGCGACGGCGGCGGUUCGGAAGAAGACGAAGACGACGACGAAGACGCGAUAACGGCGGCGGCGGCGGCGGCUGGCGCGAAGACGGUGUCCGCGGUGGCCAGAGAGGAGGACGUGACGGCCGAACUAUCUGCACCCGUGGCCGUGGCAGCCGGGCUUGGCCACGCCGAGUGGCAGCUGCUGGCCGUGGCCGGGGCCGGCGUGGCCGUGUUGCUGUUGUUGGCCCUCGUCCUCGCCUACCGCAGCACUGGCGGCGCGUCACCCGCGCUCCACAAAGUGGUCCGGCACGAAGACGCCGAGUGUCCGCCGCUGUUGGACUACGCGCCCCGACCCUUGGACUUUGCCAAAUAUUUGGGCCGUUGUCGGAGAUCUCAUCAACUUCUCGACGAGGACGCCACGCCACAGCAAGAACAGCCGAUCAUUACUCACGUUCGGCAUUAAAAUAUUAUAAUUAAUUAUAAAUUAAUAUAUUAUAACACUAUUGGGUGUCGCGUGUAUGGUGUUAUACGCCGCGGUCGUUGUUGUCCUGACGCUGCCGAUAUAUAUUUAUGAUAUAGGUGUUAUAUCGUUUCGUUUCACUGGAGUCCUAACCAAUGUUUUUGUCCCUUUAAUCUAUUUUGUUUUGUAUAAAUAUUUGUGUUGUAUAUAUUAUAUAUAUAAUAUAAUAUAUAUAUAUAUAUAUCUCGUUGUACAUUUUAUCCUAUAAUUACGCGAUGUACAUACGAUGACUAUAAUAUUAUUUAUCACCACGAGGCGUAAAUCCCAUGCAAUUAUUAUAAUAAUAUAAUAAUAAUAAAUUGUAAAAAACAUAAUAAAAUAAAAAUGAAAACAAAAAGGAAACUAUAAAAGUUAAAAUAAAUCAAAUUCGUGUGUUUUUAUUCAGUAUACGACGUCGUGUUAUACUGCAUGUUAUCUAGUCAUGUGAAUAUAAUAUAUAUUAUAAUAAUACGUUACACUUUAAUAAAAAUAAGAAUUAUGUCAACUCACUAUUGAUUUGCUUCACGAUAUAUAAUAAUACAUUAUUGAUUAUUGUUUUAUAUCGAGCGUAAUAUUUUUGGUAAAUAUAUUUGAACAUAAUAUUACGGUUUCCAUUAUCUAUUUCUUAUACGAAAGGUAAAUUUAUUUCACGUGAAAUUAUAAGAACAUUGUGGACUUUUUUUUUUAUCAUUAUUUUUUAUUUUAUUUUGCUCUUAGUUGUAUUAUUGUAUGUGCUAAUUUCUAUUGUCACCGAUUUUUAACGAUAAAAUGCUUUAUUUUAUUUUAA